AUGAAAUGGGAAAUAAAGUUAAAUAUUUCAGAAGUGACAACGAGUCUGUUCGGUCAGUCAAAUACAUCAGGGUUGUUCGGCGGCAGUACAGCUGCUAAUUCGACGCCGGCGUUUGGCUCCAGCGGUUUCGGCGGGUUCGGUGCAGCGCAAUCUAACGGCGGCCUGUUCUCGAACACAGCUGGUUCUACAAAUCUGUUCGGGGCGGCUCAAAACAACUCGGCCUUCGGUGCCAAACCAGCUGGUUUCGGCUUUGGUAGUACCCCAACCACGACUGCCGGAAGCCUGUUCGGCAGCACUGCUAACACGGGGCUGUUCAACCAACCAAGCACCAUGGGCGGGGGACUGUUCUCCAAUACUUCAGGUGGUUUCGGGCAACAAGCUGCCACAGCCCAGCCAGGUCAAGGCACAGCGCUGGUUAAGUACCAGCCCGUGGCAGGGACUGAUGUGUUGGUGAAGUCCGGGAACUCUCAAAGCAUCAGCAUUCGACACCACUGCAUCAGUUGUAUGAAGGAAUAUGAAGGGAAAUCCCUAGAAGAACUGCGGCUUGAGGACUACACAGCCGGGAGGAAGGGAUCCAACGGUGUGUUUGGCUUUCAACAGACUGAGAACAAGUCACUCUUCAAUGCUCCCUCGUUCGGUCAGCCGGCCGCAACUACCGCGAGUUUGUUCGGCGGCAACAAUCUGGGCGGCAGCACAACGGCCUUCGGACAGACUAGUGCGUUUUCGUUCAGCGGCGGCGCCAACACAAAUACGACGGGUCUGUUCGGAGGGAACAAGCCCGCGUUUGGAGUGACGCCUUCGACUGGUACGAGUCUAUUCGGAGCGACCACAACCCAGGCUCCAACAUUUGGUACCACCACACCUUCCUUCGGUUUCGGCUCCACUCAACAAAACCAGACAACGGGUCCGUUCGGUGCGGCGCCGGCUUCGACCGGUUUCGGGUCUACGGGCACCACCGGGUUCGGGUCAACGGCCACCACGGGCUUCGGGUCAUUCGGCACCGGUGGGUUCUUCGACGCCAAGUCGCAACAGACCACGGCGCCCACCUUCGGCACAGCGACACCUGGUGAGUAA